GGGGCCAAAAGGGUAAAAGAAAUUUCAAAAGAAUAGAAAGAAAAAGGAAAAAACGGAAAGAAAAUAAAAGGUUCUUCAAGGCUUUGGCUUUGGAUGCUUACUCGAUUGAUUGAUUUUAUUUUUCAAAGUUACAAUCUUUUCUUAAAGAAGUGCUUUGUUUGGAUUCAAAGGGGCCAUCUUGAAAAACAGAUGGGUGGCCUUGCUGUUGAUGUCUUGUGGUCUAUUUGCUUUUUUUCUCUUUGGAAAAACAAAAGAUUUUUGAGAGUGGUGAAACAGUAUGAAGAGUAAAAUAAGGAUUAAAAAGCCAAGAAGAGGUGGACUUAAGAGGGAUUUGGAACAGAUUGUGAAGUGUUUAUGCACUGGAAACCAAUUAACAAAAGUAGACAAAAUGAUACCUUCAUCAGAAUCCCUUGCUGCCAAAGAUUAUUCACUGAGUGGUUAUUCUUCUAAAGUUAGUGAUGGUGAGAAAAAACCAGAUACCAGGAAUAUAGAAGAAGCUGAAUUAUCUCUGCGUGAAAGUAGUUCGCUGAAUUAUGAGGAAGCUAGAGCAUUGCUAGGAAGAAUUGAAUAUCAGAAAGGAAAUAUAGAAGCUGCGCUACAUGUGUUUGAAGGAAUAGAUAUCUCUGCAAUAACUCCCAAAAUGAAACUCACCCUGUCUAGGAGAGUAGAACAGCGAAAGAGACGAUCUCAUGACUACACUUCUCCACCAAUGUCUAUCCAUGCUGUUAGUUUGCUACUAGAAGCAAUCUUUCUCAAAGCGAAAUCAUUGCAGCAUCUCCAGAGGUUUAGAGAAGCUGCUCAAACUUGCAAAGUUAUUCUGGACAUAGUUGAAUCUUCAUUACCAGAAGGCUCGCCUGAAAACUUUGGUGCUGACUGUAAAUUGCAGGAGACACUAAAUAAGGCAGUUGAGCUGCUUCCAGAAUUAUGGAAAUUUAGUGAUUCCCCAUGUGAAGCAAUCCUGUCCUAUCGGCGCGCUCUUCUCCAUCAGUGGAAUCUUGAUGCAGACACUACUGCAAAGAUUCAAAAACAGUUUGCCAUUUUUCUUCUGUAUUGUGGAGGUGAAGCAAGGCCCCCAAACCUCCGCUCCCAAAUGGACAGUUCAUUUGUCCCUAGAAAUAACAUAGAGGAAGCUAUACUCCUGUUAAUGAUACUAUUAAGAAAAGUUUCUCUGAAAAGAAUUGAAUGGGAUCCAUCAAUUUUGGAUCAUCUGUCAUUUGCUCUCUCCAUUUCUGGGGAUUUGAGGGCUUUGGCUAAGCAAAUAGAAGAACUGCUUCCUGGGGUUAUUAAUCGCAAAGAAAGAUACCAUUUUCUAGCUCUCUGUUAUCAUGGAGCAGAUGAAGAUUUGGUUGCUUUGAAUCUAUUGCGGAAAUUGUUGAAUAGUAGAGAGGAUCCACAUUGUGUUCCAGCAUUGUUAAUGGCAUCAAGCAUUUGCGGGGAAAAACUUAAUCUUGCGGAAGAAGGGAUUAAUUUUGCUCGUAGAGCCCUUGAAAGCCUGGAAGAUGAAUGCUGUGAGUUGGAAGGUACUGGUAACCUUUUAUUGGGUGUGGCUUGUUCAGCACAUUCGAAGUUAGCCCUAUCCGAUUUUGAGAGGGUUUCCAGACAGUCUGAGGCCCUUCGGGCCUUGGAAAGUGCUUGGAAAAUUACAGGUAUGAAAGACCCUAAUAUUCUUUAUUAUCUCAGCCUAGAAAAUGCUGAGCAGAGAAAGUUGGAAGCUGCACUUCAUUAUGCAAAGUCUUUGCUAAAACUAGAAGGUGGUUCCAACAUUAAGGGGUGGUUGUUGUUGGCUCGCAUAUUGUCAGCACAAAAACGUUUUUUGGACGGUGAAAUCGUUCUCAAUGCUGCCUUGGAUCAAACUGGCAAAUGGGAUCAGGGAGAAUUGUUGCGCACCAAAGCUAAGCUUCAAAUUGCACAGGGACAGCUUAAGAGUGCUGUUGAAACAUAUACUCAGCUUCUUGCUGUUCUUCAAGUACAGAGUAAAAGCUUUGGUUCUCGCAAGAGGCUUCAUAAGGAUCGUGCUAGAAGUUUUGAACAAGAAGUAUGGCAUGAUCUAGCUUAUCUCUACACAAGCUUGUCACAAUGGCGAGAUGCUGAGAUUUGUCUUUCAAAAUCCAAGGCCAUCAAUUCUUACUCUGCUGUUAGAAAUCAUGCCACUGGAGUGCUUUAUGAGAGAAAAGGCCUACUAAAAGAAGCUCUGAAUGCUUUUCGAAAUGCUUUGGAUAUGGAACCCUAUCAUGUCCCAAGCUUGAUAUCUGCAGCUGGUGUGCUCAGACAACUUGGCAGCCAAUCCAAUGCAGUUGUAAAAAGCUUGCUGAUGAAUGCUCUCCGAGUUGAUAGAAUGAAUCCGUCGGCAUGGUACAAUCUUGGUCUGCUUCACAAAGCAGAAGACACUCCAUCAUCACUAGAAGAAGCAGCCGAAUGUUUUGAGGCUGCUGCCAUACAUGAAGAGUCAGCGCCUGUCGAGCCAUUCAGAUAACGGCCCUCUGUCAAAUCAUAACAACUUUUCUCCACAACGUGACAAUUAUCUAUUGUUCUAUGUUCUUCAUUUUUCUCUUGUUCCACGUAUACCAAUAAAAUAAUAUGUUUUUUUCUUUCAAAUUCGAUUGAGUUGCAUUUCCAGUGUAGCUUUGGUUCUAGUAAAAAGAAUGAAAAUUUAUUUUUUUGCACUUGUGGCUGGAAAUGUUAAAAAUUUCAUAAAGGGCUCAUAA